AUGCCCGAACGUUAAAGCCGCUCUCUCUCUCUCUCUCUCAUGUAUAUAUUUCCCGGCGAUUUUAGAAACAAAAAGAAAUAUUCAUUCCUUUUCCUUCUUCUCGUCUCUGAAAACCCUCUCGAGUCGAACUGGAGGGAUUUUCUCUUCAUAUCUCUCGCAAGUUUUUGGCGGAAGAUCUCUGAAAUCAAUCGGUCGACAAUAAUUGGAGGAACGAAAGAGACAAGAGCUUCGGUCUCAGCUCCCCCCCGCGCGACUCGUCCCACCUAACCAAUGGUGACUUCGAGAGUUUCAGAAGGAGAGAGGUCGCAGGAGUUCACGUUCAUGGCUCGUGAAAACUCCAGGCCCUUGCACAAUUUCUCGUUGCCUUACUUGAAAUGGGGGAAACAAAGGCGUCUUAGAUGUGUCAGAGUGAUUCCAGAUGGAGAAACCCCUUCUCUCGGUCGCAGAUCCCCGGCUUCUGACGUCGAAGUGGAACGUUUUGUCGACGAAAAGAAGCAACGCGAAUCACUGAAGCGCGGAUACUCCAAAGGCUCCGGGAGCUUUAUGAAAUGGCAGUUGCCGCCGAUUGGAGUUUCUGGAGGGAUGUCUAAGAUGGAGAGGGGUGGAGAAGACAGAAUUGAAGCACUCAGGAUAAACAUCGAUUUUCAUCUCCUUGAGGUUGCACAUAAGAAGGAUUUGACGGCUAAGGAUGAUGCAGAAGAAGAUGAACCAUCGUCGUCGGCGGCGGCGGCUAGGCCGUGGAAUCUUAGAACACGAAGAGAUGCUUGUAAGGCUCCAAAUGAAACUGGAGGUGUCUUGAAAAAUGAAGAGAAGCAACAGAAUUCUUCUCCCACGCGAGCUGAGAAUUCAACGAUGAAAUCGCUUCGGUCGAGAGGUUUAGCUUCUACCCAGUGUGUGGAGAAGAAGGAGCGCGAAAAGUUCUCGAUCUCCCUUUCUAGGGAAGAGAUAGAGGAGGACUUUGUAGGAAUAACUGGGACAAGACCGCAUCGAAGGCCAAAGAAGAGGGCUAGGAACAUUCAAAAGCUACUUGAUGCAACUUUGCCUGGUUUAUGGUUGACGGAAAUAACGCCUGAUACGUACAAGGUUCCUGAUUUUCCCGAACCCGGAAAGAUGUAGAGAUUAACGCCAGGAUAGUUUUGAGAAGUUACAAGGUUUCGGUUCGCUGACUCUGGUGCAUUUUGACCUCAUCCAUCUGUACAUUGGAAUUUGACAAGAAGAUGUUUAAUUUCCUGGUGAUCUGUUGUGCAAACCCACUUAUUUUUAGAUGCUAAUUUCAUUUAUUGUCUUCAUUUAUUCCUUUUUUCUUCUAAUUAUGAGAAUGCUUGGCAUAAAUGUGGCUCCUACAAGAGACAAGAAAAGAAUAUUCUUGGCUUUGAGCUUUAUCCUCUGAAUGCACUGUAAUGUUCAUGCAUGUAAUAUGUCCAUCCUAUUAUUUUUUCUUACUAUAAGGAAUAGAAAAGCAAGAGUAAAUGAAUUUGCCUUCAAACUUUCAGAGGCAUCCUAUUGUCAUACAAUUUUAGAUUUUUCUCGGUUCUUUAUGUUCUCCUGCAUUUACAUGAGAGUUGAUUUGCUUAUUUAGGAAUCACUGUUCUCGCAGCUGUAGACCCAAGAUUUGACCACAAUGCAAUUGGAGCAUAUAAUUGUUCCUUUUAAUUGACCGAGGUUUAUUUUUUUUUUUAAUUUUAUUUUUGAAGAAAAGUUGAAAUAAUAAGGUAGAAAUGGUCCCCGUUGCUGUUUGUGGGCUUUCUUUCAUUAAACCUGGUGAGUCGGUGACCAUAUCUUCAUAGAAAACAAAUAGUUGAUCCACGCCAAAAUCCUACUCUCAGUUGGGGCAACUUGAGCCUCUCUGACUGUUGAACCCACACCUACUGUAGUUUGCAAGUGAUCAGUUUGACAAUUCUAUCCAAAGCCGUGAGCUUCAGUGUGAUUUAGACUUCUAUGGAGGUUUGAUGCAUGACAUUGUCAUGGGUAAUUGAUAAUUACUGAUUUUCUUUACAGUCACCUGCUCUGCACCUCCUCUUCAAUUUUUAUUAAUUAGACACAAAUGCAUACACAUCAUGACAAAUCAAUUGAAACAGAAUGCAGGUUCCUAUUCAUAAGUGGAUUUUAAGAAUCUUUCAUUCAUUCUACUUGAUGCUCAAGUCCUUAAACAUGCUUGCAUGAAAGAUAACUUCUUCUUUCCAUCUCUUGUUCAUGGAUUUGGUAUCUAGAAUCUGAUUGAACUUUAAUUUCCAUCAAUUUCAUGGAGUACUUUUGCGCAUUUUAGUCUUAGCAUCUUGUUUUUCAAGUCUUUUCGACCUGAAAGAAGUAGUUCUAGCUUCUUCAUUUUAGAAAAAAGACAAAAAUGAAGAACAUCUUCAGUAGCUUGGAUUCUUGGAAGGUAAAUUGGUUUUGGUUCGGGAUAAAAGUCAAAAGUAACUUCUUUUUUGGUAUUGCAUAUUACAGAUUACAGGGGAAGUCAAUAGUAACAUGAUCCCCGCUUAUAACCUGAAAGCAAUGAGAUUCCUGAAUUGGAUAUGGUGCAGGACUACCAGAUCAGCACAGCACCAUUUCAUGUCACAUAGACCAAGAGCUGAUCCUCCAAUGAUGAGGUCUUAGGAAAAUUCCUACAGCAGCGAGCAUGAAUUGAUAAGCACUCUGUGAAGGGUAUUUGUGGUCGGUUUCCCAGCCAUCCUCCUGGGCUUUAUGCCUAGUCGGCUCUACCCCGUUUCUUAUGUGUCUGAAUCCCUGGCGCAGACUAUAAGCUCUCUCUCUAACCGAAAAUUGGAUAUAAACGUCGGCAAAAUGAAGGUUGUUCUGAUGAUAGCAUGCGCCAUCUAGCAGUGUGAGCACUGACCCAAAUACAAAUAGCCUUGCUUUUUCCAAGAACAAAGCUGCAUUAAGGGUAUGCUUGCUUGGCUUGACAAAAAACAAGAGAGAAGCAGAAAGUUGAGGGAUAGUUGCUAACAAAUUUUGUGAAAUUCUAACAACUUUCCAAGUUUCUGUUUGUCUCUUAUUUUCUAACAACCCAAAUACAGAUACUGCCUAAAGGGGUGAUAAAAUUGUAGAGAAGGUUGUGCACGAAAAUGGUGGGUCCUCGGUCAGGUUAAGGUCUGCGGCAUGAACUUGGAACUUAAAUGUCGACCUUGAAAUGCUUGUUGGUUUGUAGGCAAAGCGUGUUUGGAUCGACGAGUAAAGGCGGCAACUUGUUUUUGACCCAAAAUUUCAACUUGACCAGUGUCCAGAUAGGAAAAUAAUACAUAAGCGUAUAACGAACGAUUAACGAAUUAGCGUUGUAUGCACUAUGCAAAUCAGAUGCGUACUCUGAUA